ACGUGAGACACGGGGAGCCAUGUGAUGCCCUGCACGACAUUGGUUUGCUGCGCGGGCUGGGCGUGGCGGCAUGGAGCUGCUGGCCGGGCUACUGGCUGUUCUACGGAGGCAACCGAAGGACCGAGAGCGAGCCCGGGUCAUGGAGGAGCGAGCCCUGGAGGUGUAUGAUAUAAUCCGGAAUAUCCGGGACCCAGAAAAGCCUAACACACUGGAGGACUUGGAAGUAGUGUCAGAGACCUGUGUGUCUGUGCAGGAACUUGAUGAUGAAUGCUUUCUGGUGAUCAUCAGGUUCACACCCACAGUGCCACAUUGCUCCCUGGCCACACUGAUCGGUCUGUGUUUGCGGAUCAAGCUGCAGCGCUGCCUGUCAUUCAAACACAAGCUGGAGAUCUACAUAUCCGAAGGGACCCACUCAACUGAAGAGGACAUUAAUAAACAGAUCAACGAUAAAGAACGUGUGUCUGCGGCCAUGGAGAACCCAAGUCUACGAGAGAUUGUGGAACAGUGUGUUACAGAGCCGGACUAGGCCAGAACCUGAAUAGAACAAACACUGAGAGGCCAUGCACUGUGAACUGUUGGGGUGCAAAAGAUCAGCAACAGAGCUGAUCUACCAGUCACGUAAAACAUGGGACACAUCAAAGAGUUUCCACCGUAAGCUCAGGAUGGAUCCACAGGCCCGAUAACCAGCUCCUGGGAAAAUGAAGCAAGGGUGCCUUGACAUCGAUAUAGAAUAUAUUAAUGCUCUUGGAACUGUGCCGAUUUCAUGUGGAUCAUAUGGUUUGACUUUUUGUGCAGUUCUCAAUGGAUACCACUUAGAAGCCCCCAGCACAACUCUGGAAUUAUUUACAUGACAAAUGUUGGCAGCUGGGUUUUAGCUUGUUUUAUGCAAAUCUGCACAGACAAGGUUAAUAAAUAAAUCAUAUUUUAUACAA